AUGGAAUCUGAACGCCAUGUAGAGAUGUUGUCCCAGCUUCGCUUCGGUCACGCCCAAGCUUUAGGACAUAUGUGUGGGCUGACCAUGCACGAUGCUCGGUCUCUAAUCUGCAACGAGGAGCUGGAUAUCCUUGGCUUGAUUCAUCGUUUUUCUGAUGCCGGUAACCGCGGUGACCACCAUUGGCAAGAAGGUUCUGGAUACUACUCCUCCACCUCCCUCCACCUCCUCUCCGCCACUGGGGCUAUUGUAUACUCCAUAGUCCUUGCCAACACCCUCAUAAUAUGCAAUUUAGCGUCGGUUUCAUCGGGUAUGGACAAGUGUGGAGGCUAUCUAGCACUUCUCAAGGCUUGUCUUUUGAUUCGUGGAAGAACCGGGACAGCUCUGGCACUGGCAGUACCGGUCAAUAUUGCCCUCUCGGCAGUUGAGGCCUUGUUUCAAUACCGAGUUGUGAGAGCUUUUUACGGGGCUAAAAGUUCAUUUUCUUCUAUGGCUAUGGAAGGGUUUUUAAUCGCUUACUUGUAUUCGAUCAUUGUUGUCAUUGACACCAUUGUGAGUUGUGUGUUCUUCAAGAGCUGCCAAAAGGCAUGUCGGAUAGAUCAAGAGGGAAGAUGUGAUUACCGGAUUGAAAUUGAAAGGUGUGAUUUUGACAAACUUAAUGCCUCAAAAGUGAAGAAUUUAGAAGAAUUUCCAUGA